AUGGACGGAUUGACAGCAGCAAGCCUCGCCCGUCUCGCAGACCACGCCCCACCGGCUGUGAUUGACAUCUGCGAAGGCGGAAGCCCCGCCCAAGCUGGCGCGCCAUUGGUCAAAGCAAAGGGCAUUACAAAGGCCCCGCCCCUCCCGGGCGGGGCCAUACGGCAGGAAACCACGCCUCCUUCUUGGGGCAAAGCAGGAAGCUCCGCCCUGAUUGGUGGGCGCGCUGAGGCCCCGCCCCCUCAGCGGAAGCCCCGCCCCCGGGCGGUCCCGACACUGGACGGGGGUCCCGGGAGCUCCGGGGGGCGACUCGCCAUCCCAGGCGGCCGCGGGACCGCGCGAGUCCGGCGGGAUCCCCCCGCCCACCCCCGCAGCCCGGGACACCCCCCCCGAGGGGAGCCCGUGUCCGCCGAGGGGACCCCGCAGCCCGGGACACCCCUGGGGGGGGACCCCCGCACCCGCCAGGGGGGGCACGGCCUCCGGGACACCCCCAGGGCCGCCGAGGGGACCCCGCAGCCCGGAGACCCCCAAAAGGGACCCCUCGGCCUCCGGCGCCCGGCCCGGAGCCCUCGGCGGCCGCGGGGUCGGGGCGGGGGGUCGCGGGGGGUCGCGGGGGUGCGGGGGCAGCAUGUGGCGCUGGGGGGGGCUCUGGGCGGCGCUGGCGGCGCUGGCGGCGCUGGGGGGGGCGCGGGGGGGGGCGCGGCCGUGGCCCGGGAGCGUUUCAAGGUGGUCUUCGCCCCCCUGAUCUGCCGGAGGACGUGUCUGAAGGGGCUGUGCCGGGACUCGUGCCAGCCCGGCUCCAACAUGACCCUGAUCGGCGAGAACGGGCACGCGGCCGACACCCUGACCGGCUCCGGCUUCCGCGUGGUGGUGUGCCCCCUGCCCUGCAUGAACGGCGGCCAGUGCAGCUCCCGCUCGCACUGCCUGUGCCCCCCCAACUUCACCGGCCGCUUCUGCCAGGUCCCCGCGGGGGGGGCACGAGCAGGGGGCGGGGGGCUCCCCCCUUCCGCCCCCCCCCCGCGCCCCCCGACUCCCCCCCCGAGCCCGCCCCCGGCUCCAAGGUCGCCGUUUACGCCGUCCAGGUCAUCGCCGAUGGCCCCGGGGGGGCGGCGGCGCCCCCCCGAGCCCCCCCCCGGGGCAGCCCACGGUGGGGGUGGGCACGGGGGGGGGGCACGGGGGGGGGGCACGUCCAGCCACGCCACCUUCGUCGUGCCCCUGGGGCCGGGGCACCACUCGGCUGAAGCGCAGGUGCCCCCUCCCCUGGUGAACGUGCGGGUCCAUCACCCCCCCGAGGCCUCGGUCCAGGUGCAUCGAAUCGAGCCGCGCCCCCCCGAGGGGGCUCCCCGGGCCGGGGGGGGGCUCCUGGCGCACCCCGCGCAGCCCGGCCGGCCGGCAGCAAACCCCCCGCGCCCCCCCGGCCCCACACCCCACAAACCGCUGGGCCGCUGCUUCCAGGAGACCUGCCCAAGCACUCG